AUGUCUAUCUCAUCAAAUCUGAUGUUCUCCGGUGCUGAGGAUGUCGAUAUUCAGUAUGCGGAGGCGGGGGGCUCCAAGGGUGGUGUUGGUCGUCGAGGAGGAGGAGGAGUAACGCAGAAGCCUAUAUGCGGGUAUUACAAAAAGGACCGCUGCCAACUUGGCCAGAUGUGCCGGUGA